AUGUCUACCAUAUACCCACCAGACGCGGAUACGCUCCUUGCCAUGUCAAACAGCAUUGCUGAGCAAGUUCGCAAAUAUACGGAUAUGCAGCGGGCUUGCAACGGCAGUUCUAGUGACUUUUUCCCCCAACAAGGACAAAAGCUACAGGGGCAAGCUGAGGCGGUAGCGCGAGAAUGUAGUAAACUUCAGGCUCUCAUCUCAGAGCCCAAGGGCUGGAUGGUGCAAGCCGCCUGGUCAUACUGCGAUAGCGUUGCUCUUUCAACCGUCAUCGAAAUGGGUAUCCCAACGCUCAUUCAACCGGGUGGGAAAGGGGUAACUUUGUCUUAUCUCGCUGGCUGUACCAACGCAUCACCCACUCUGAUCAAGAGAAUCAUGAGAAUAUGCCUAAACAGAGUUGAUGAUGGCUUGCUCUGUGGCGCCUAUUUUUCUCGCACCGCUUGUCAGGCUGGCUUUAAAAUAUCAGACAAUCCUACAGAAGCUGCAUUUGGGAUGGCAUUUCAGACCAAACUUCCUCUGUACGAGUACUACCACACCGUUGACACCGAGCGCGGCCAGCGCUUCUCACGGGCCAUGGCGGGCCACUACGAUGGGCCCCUGGACAUGCCGAUCGAGUUAAUCUACCCAUUUGAUUAUCUCGCGGGCGGGUCAACGCUUGUUGAUGUUGGAGGUGGCAAUGGCCAGAACGCGAUCCGCCUGGUCAUCUUGUAUCCCCAGCUCUCCGCCGUUGUCCAGGACCACGUCAGUGUCAUAUCCAUGGCUGAAAACACGGUCAAGGAAAAAUAUGACGAGAAAAUAGCGGGUCGAGUUACCUGGGAGGCGCAUGACUACUACGCCCAGCAGCCUCGGAAGGGAGCCGAUGUCUACCUAUUGAGCCACGUCUUGAUGGAUAACAAUGACGACCUCAAUAUUCAUUCCCGCAGCGAGGCAGAGUUGGACAAUCUAAUUGACCGUGCUGCUGGCGACCUGGGUUUAGCGAGACACAAGACAUGGCAAGGAAAAGGAGGAUCAGCGGUGCUCGAGCUCCGCCUCCAGUCCACUUGUGGCCCAUAA